AGAGAAAAUUCAACCCUCAUGAACCGAAACCACCACAACCCGUCCGAACUCCCAGACUCCCCCCCCACCAAUACCGGUUCCGAAGGUGUUUCCGAUCAAAAUUUCCACUCGAUCAGCGACCGUUUUCUUUUCAAACGAAACCCUAACCCUAGCACUAACAGUCCACAUAAAUCAAGUAAAUCACCUCCGGAUCGGUUGCGCCGAGGGCAUCACUACACAAACAAAAGCAACAACCGCAAGGGCGGGUGGUUCUCUUGUAUUCCGUUUCGCGGCAUUUAUUUGUUCUACUUUGUGAUAUUUCUCGCUGUUUUCGCUUUCGUUUUGGCGUCUAUUUUGCUGCAGAGUUCGAUUACCGGCAUGGUUGUGUUUAGUAAAGGGUGGAUCGAUCAUCGGAGAUCGAUUAGAGAAGGUUUGAUGUCAGGUACUACAUUGAAAUUCGUGCCCGGUUUAAGAUCACGGUUGCUUUUGGAAGGUCAUGGGCUCGAUCAUGUUAGAGUGCUGGCUAAUAGAGUUGGCCUCCGCCCUCCCAGACUUGCCGUUAUCUUAGGAAACAUGAAGAAAGAUCCACAGUCAUUGAUGUUGCUUAGUGUGAUGAAGAAUCUGCGGAAACUUGGUUAUGCACUUAAGAUAUAUGCUUUGGGGGAUGGUGAAACAAGAACAAUGUGGGAGGAUAUAGGAGACCAGAUAUAA